UCAGGUAGAGCUGCUGGUAGAAGAAGCCCUUACAUCCUCUCAAAAUAAGUGGAUUUAAUUGUUGCAGUUACAAUUGAUCAUCUUUUGCAAGACAAUAUACCUUUUAAAGGCCGUAUUUCAGUGAAGUCUGCAAUGUCAGUGUCAGCUGUGACAUACGAACAGCUCAAAGCCAUGCUGGCCAAUCACAGCGUGCAGCUAUUUGAUGUCAGGAAUCCAGAUGAAUUCCAGGCUGGACGGAUUCCUGAUUCUGUCAACAUUCCUUUGGGACAGCUUGAGGAGUCACUGAAACUCCCACCACAACAGUUUCAGCUGCAGUUUGGGGUGAAAGCCCCUGAAAAGGAAGAUGAUAACAUAGUUUUCCAUUGCCGAAGUGGAAAAAGGAGUCUGACUGCUCUUGAAAUCGCUCAUCGUCUGGGAUUCUCUAAGGCACGGCAUUAUGCAGGUGGAUACAUUGAUUGGGAACAGUGUGAGAAGAAGUAACAGGACUUACUGAGCAACAUUUUAAAUGAACUUCGCAUCAC